UCGGCUGGAAGGAGUGGCUUUGCUAUAAAAAUGGAGCUGUUACUUCCUAAAACGAUAGUCUAUUUUCACGUUUGUUGCCUUGUGGACAAAUCGGUGAACAAGUAUUCUUGGCAGUGGUGAAUCAGACGAACAAAUUGUUGUCCAAAUUUACUUAUACUAAAAACAUGAGAGAGUGCAUAUCGGUUCACAUUGGCCAGGCAGGAGUGCAAAUUGGAAAUGCUUGUUGGGAAUUAUACUGCCUAGAACACGGAAUUCAACCAGAUGGCCAAAUGCCUUCUGAUAAAACUAUUGGCGGUGGAGAUGAUUCCUUCAAUACAUUUUUCAGUGAAACAGGUUCCGGUAAACACGUUCCACGAGCAGUUUUUGUUGAUCUUGAGCCAACGGUUGUAGAUGAAGUUCGUACUGGGACCUACCGUCAACUGUUCCAUCCAGAACAGCUAAUUACAGGCAAAGAGGAUGCAGCUAACAACUAUGCCAGAGGACAUUACACAAUAGGGAAGGAAAUUGUUGACAUAGUUUUGGACCGUAUCAGAAAACUUGCUGACCAAUGUACAGGUUUACAAGGCUUUCUUGUUUUCCAUUCUUUUGGUGGUGGCACAGGAAGUGGUUUUACUUCUUUGCUUAUGGAACGUUUAUCGGUUGAUUACGGAAAAAAAUCUAAGCUUGAGUUUUCCAUCUAUCCAGCGCCUCAGGUAUCAACAGCUGUGGUGGAACCAUACAAUUCCAUUUUGACCACCCACACUACCUUGGAGCAUUCUGAUUGUGCAUUCAUGGUCGAUAAUGAGGCUAUUUAUGAUAUUUGUCGUCGAAAUUUAGAUAUUGAGCGUCCUACUUACACCAAUCUUAAUCGUUUAAUUGGCCAAAUAGUAUCCUCAAUCACAGCGUCACUCCGUUUUGAUGGGGCUCUGAAUGUAGAUCUUACUGAAUUUCAAACUAAUCUGGUACCUUACCCUCGAAUUCACUUUCCUUUGGCGACAUAUGCCCCCGUGAUAUCCUCUGAAAAAGCGUACCACGAACAGUUGACAGUUGCAGAAAUCACUAACGCAUGUUUCGAGCCAUCUAAUCAAAUGGUAAAAUGUGAUCCGCGUCAUGGAAAAUAUAUGGCUUGUUGUAUGCUGUACCGAGGAGAUGUUGUACCGAAAGAUGUAAACGCAGCUAUUGCUACUAUCAAAACCAAACGAUCUAUUCAAUUUGUUGAUUGGUGUCCAACUGGUUUCAAGGUUGGUAUUAACUAUCAACCUCCGACAGUAGUUCCCGGAGGAGAUUUAGCCAAAGUACAAAGAGCUGUGUGUAUGUUAUCCAACACCACGGCUAUAGCUGAGGCUUGGGCACGUUUGGAUCAUAAGUUUGAUUUGAUGUACGCCAAAAGGGCAUUUGUUCAUUGGUAUGUAGGUGAAGGUAUGGAAGAAGGAGAAUUUUCCGAGGCACGCGAAGAUUUAGCGGCUCUCGAAAAGGAUUACGAAGAAGUUGGAGUUGAUUCAACGGAGGAAGUAGGUGAAGGUGAUGAAUAUUAGUCGACCUACUUCCUGUACAAGGUUCGUAUCUGCUGGGCCAAUUUGUUCUGAUUCCUGGAGUUGAUUCAGCGUAGGAAUUAAAUGGAGAUGAAGAACAUUUGUCGACCUACUUCCUAUACAACGUUCUACACAAACAAGCGCACACCAGAAAAAUAUAUUCCCGGUUUCACUUCCAAUCAAUCCAAUUUAACGAUCUUGUUUACAGAUUAUUCGAAUAUGCAACACAUUCAACAUACGCGCACGCCUACACCAAAAAAAAAGAUGUACAAGUUAUAUACUAUACAUUUGAAUAUAUUGAAGUGCUCCAAGUCUAAUUUCAAGUCUAAAUGAGAAUUUAAUAUAUCGUUUUAUUUGUUUGCAACUGA